CGUUGAUCUUUAGCCAAUACCUCAUCUUGACGUUCAUUCAGGAUCGUCUCCUCGUUUAUACCAAAAAUAGUCUCCCUGACAACCAUCAUCGGGAACAGGAGACAGAGUCUGACAGACAGAAGAGAGACUCCAUGAGAAUCCUUCUCCUCCGUUUAUUAUAGACAAAAAAAAAUAAAAAUCCAGAUGAAUAAAACAGAUUUUUAGGGUUUCCAAAAAUCAAACAAUUAUCAAAACCUUUUUUUCAAUACAUACAAUUUGAAUUCAUUCUCUACAAUUACGAAAAUUCCUUAAUACCUUUUUUGUCCUCUUUUUUUUGUUUGUUUACGCGAUAGAAAAAACGUUUCUCGUUCUGUUUCUCUGUUUCGUGGACGGGAGACAAAAUUCUCUCCAAUUUCUGGGUCGCCAAGGGAAUUGGCUUCAGCUGGAUUUUUUUUUUUUUUUUUUCCUGAGAAGCUUCCGAUGAUUUAGGGGUUAGUGCGAUUUAGGUCUCUUCCUGUAAUUUUUCGCGAUUCUCUGUAUAAUUUGUGUGGUUGGUGUGAGGAGAAUCUUGGAAUUGGGAAUGGAAUCUCCGAUCAAAUGUUGCGACUGUGGAUGCGAUUGUUGUUCUUCCUCCCCUGGUUCAUGGAUUCGAUCUGUGAAGAAGAGAAGACACGACGAAUUACAGACCGAGAAACGAUUCUCGAUACCGGAGCUGGACGACCUAGACAUGUUCUCUAAUCCUAGAGUCCAAAUUGAGAACGAAUGUGAAUUACUACGCGAGACUGUUAGCAAUCAACAGCAAACGAUUCAGGAUUUGUAUCAUGAGCUUGAGCAAGAGCGUAUUGCUUCAUCAACUGCUGCAGAUGAAACAGUAAAGAUGAUUCAGACGUUGGAGCGUGAAAAAGCAAAAAUCGACUUGGAACUGAAACAGCUUCAGCGUAGUGUUGACGAAACAUUGAAUUAUGAAAACCAAGAGAUUGAGGCAUUGGAAAAUAUGGUUUAUCAAAGGGAUCAGACGAUUCAGGCUCUUACGUUUGAAACUCAGGCUUAUAAGCACAGAAUGAUGAGUUUUGGGCUAACCGAAGCAGAAGCUGAUGGUGAGAGGAGCUUGCUUAGUCGUAACCCGAGCAUGAUCGACUUUAGUUCUGAAUAUGACUGCCCUACACAAGAUUACCCUCCUCUUAAAUGCAAUAUUAAUGAGAACCAAGACCCUCUUGAGGCUGAUAUCUAUGUUGCAGAUGAUGAGAACUAUCCACCAGCUGAUUCUCCUCAUGGGAGAGUACAUUUAAAGACUUUGGAUCGAAGACUCAGCCAGAUGGAGACGAAUCCUAGCUUUACUCAGUUGAAUAGAGGGAGGGAUGUUUCAGAGAAGGGGAUGGUUGGUGAGAGUCCUAGGCGUCAAAGACAUUUUAGGAGGAUUUCCCCUACUGGUUCAUCAAGUUCACACUUGGGAGCAUCUAAAGAACUAAGACCUGAUGUUUUUGUUGAUUCCCCGAGGUCCCAAAGCUACAGCUCUAAGAAAAUGGAAGAUGUCUCGUAUACAGAGAAUAAUAAUGCUAAAGAUGACUUGUCGGAAAUAGGAGAUGACAUGAGUGAUAGAGUUUAUACCAUUGAUUCUGUUCAUCACAGCAGUGUGGCUCAUAGUGGCGGUGUAGCGGAGCAGAAGAUUGAGGAUGGUGCUUCUGAUGGCAAUGUUGUUUUCCCGAGAGAACACACGGAUCUUGGUGAUCCUGAUAUAACGAAACUCUACAUGAGGCUUCAAGCACUGGAGGCUGACAGGGAAUCAAUGAAACAUGCGCUUCUCUCUAUGAGGACUGAAAAGGCUCAAAUGGUACUGUUGAAAGAAAUUGCUCAACACUUGUCAAAGGAAGUUGUCCCUCAACGGAGAUUGCCUCUACGUAAAGCAUCUAUUGCUGGGCCAUUGACUUUUACGCCGGUCUUUAAGUGGAUCACAUCUUUUGUUUCCUGGAAAAGAAAGGCUCGUCGAAGCAAAUACAUGUAUGGGAUGUCAGGAAACAACAUCGGCUUGCAAAUGCUUCUAGAAAAAGUCCCUCGGUCAAGGAAAUGGCGAUGUCUUAGGAGCACGCAAGUGUGAAACAGAUCCAAUCCUUUCAAGCCAACAAAAUCACUCUCCUGACUCUAGAUUCGAAGCACAUAAUGUCAAAUACUGAUGUGGGAUUGGCGAGGUAACAUUUGUCGGCCUUUCUUCAACUUGAAUUGGAUUCUCGUUCUUGGGUUGCAGAGAAAAUGUAUUUGCUGUGCGAUUUUCAAUCUGUUUUCCUCAAUAUUUUAACUGUUGUAUAAAAGAAUUGGGUUGAAGAAUGAUAUAACUCAGAGGCUAUACAAUCUUUGUAUGGUUUCUAACAUGAAUUGUUUCAUUCAUGGAUUCUUUUUUCUUUUUUUUAUCAAUAUUUUGGAGAUGGAUUCAUCACAUAAAUAAGUGAAGGAAAAUGUAAAAUGUUCCCGUUUCAAACCUCAUUUCCCACACUUGGGAAAAGGAAAAUAAAAAUAUUUGUUGUCAGCAUUCCUCCUAUAUAUUUGUUGACCUUAAAAUGAAACAAAAG